CCGCCCGCCGCACAGACUCUCUGAGGCACAAGGCGCUUCGCAGCCUCAGUGUACAGAGCAAAGCGACCGGGAGCCCGGGUGCUGCGGGCACAUCUCGCUGCCAUCGCUAAGGUGUAACCCCCACCCCCUACCCACCUCCCCCCCUCCGACCAGUGGAAGUGCACAACGGAUCAUCAUUCAUUCACUACCUUGACAACCUUGCCUUGAUUGACAGCCAGAGUGGCAGAAAGCCAUGAGACUCGGCAGUUUUGUUUGAGGGGCGCUUUUUUCUGGCUUUUGGGGGAACGAGAUCCUCCAUCCGCCCAGGUGCCGUGUGCUGGUGAAAAAUAAUAUUUAUAUAUUGGUAUAUAUAGUUUCGCUGAUCAGAAAUAUUUCCCCCCCGAGUGUAUCCAAGUAGAGCCGAAGACUCUGGGUUAGAUCAUCCGCAGAAGGGACUAACAGGGAUCUUGAGCUGCCUCUGGACUGGCGUGUUUAUUUCUUUUUGAUACUGGCCCUAUAGAGACUCCAGCAGAAGCUGCUACACAGAGGAGGGUUCGAGACAGGCCGAUGGCGCAGAGGUAUGAUGAAAUCUCACAUUACGGGGGUAUGGAUGGAGUAGGGAUACCGACUACAAUGUAUGGUGACCCUCACGCCCCCAGGUCUAUGCAGCCUGUCCACCACCUCAAUCACGGGCCGCCGUUACACAGUCACCAAUACCCGCACACAAACCACGCUAAUACCAUGCCGCCGAGCAUGGGAUCCUCUGUAAACGAUGCAUUAAAGAGAGAUAAAGAUUCCAUUUACGGACAUCCGCUGUUUCCCCUUUUAGCACUGAUUUUUGAGAAAUGUGAAUUAGCAACUUGCACUCCUCGAGAACCGGGGGUAGCGGGCGGUGAUGUCUGUUCUUCCGAGUCUUUCAAUGAAGAUAUAGCAGUGUUCGCUAAGCAGAUUCGAGCAGAGAAACCUCUUUUUUCCUCAAAUCCUGAACUGGAUAAUUUGAUGAUUCAAGCCAUACAAGUAUUAAGGUUUCACCUUUUGGAAUUAGAGAAGGUACACGAAUUAUGUGACAAUUUUUGCCAUCGGUAUAUUAGCUGCUUGAAAGGGAAAAUGCCCAUCGACCUGGUUAUUGAUGAAAGAGAGGGUGGUUCAAAAUCAGACAGCGAGGAUAUUACUAGAUCAUCAUCUGUUAACAUUACAGAUCAGACCUGGAACAGAGAUCACGAUGAUACAGCAUCAACACGUUCAGGGGGGACACCUGGACCCUCCAGCGGGGGUCACACGUCACACAGUGGGGAUAACAGCAGUGAACCAGGUGAUGGCUUGGACAACAGUGUAGCUUCACCAAGCACAGGAGAUGAUGAUGAUCCAGACAAGGAUAAAAAACGUCAGAAAAAACGAGGGAUCUUUCCAAAAGUAGCCACAAACAUCAUGCGAGCAUGGUUGUUCCAACACCUCACACACCCUUAUCCCUCAGAAGAACAGAAGAAACAACUAGCUCAAGAUACAGGGCUUACAAUUUUACAAGUGAACAACUGGUUCAUAAAUGCCAGGAGAAGGAUAGUCCAGCCUAUGAUUGACCAAUCUAAUCGAGCAGGCAAGUCCCCAAUAGUAACUGUAUUCAAGUCGCGCAGGCGAAAAGCAUCCUCAAGCCAUUCACUGGGAGAGCCAUUACCUGUGAGCCAAGGUGCACCCUACAACCCAGAUGGUCAACCAAUGGGAGGCUUCGUGAUGGAUGGUCAGCAACAUAUGGGAAUCAGGCCCCCUGGAUUGCAAGGUAUGCCAGGGGACUAUGUAUCUCAGGGUGGUCCAAUGGGUAUGAGCAUGGGACAGCCAAGUUACACCCCUCCCCAGAUGCCCCCUCACCCUGCCCAAUUACGACAUGGACCUCCCAUGCAUUCCUACAUUCCUGGACACCCUCACCACCCAGCAAUGAUGAUGCAUGGAGGACCCCCACCCCACCCUGGAAUGCCAAUGUCAGCAUCUAGCCCCACAAUGCUUAACCCAGGAGACCCAACAAUGGGAGGACAAGUCAUGGACAUCCAUGCCCAGUAGCUGAAGGGAAAUAGCAUCCACGAUGGUGACCUGAGUUUCAGACACUGAUUCUAAAGCAGUAAAGUGGAAGCUCUGUUCUUCACAUCAACUGUGGACCAACCGGAAUCCAACAUCUUUCACAGGGAUCCUGAAAUCAGGAAGCAUCAUGCGAGAAUCAACUCCUGGGGACAAGAAAUUCUGUUAAAUGCUAUUGUAGAAUCACAUAGGACGAUAAGAGAGAGAAGACUGCUCUAAUUAUAACUUGUACAUGGUAUUGUACUGUCCCUAUAAUAUGUUGUUUCUUAUAGAUUUAAAAAAAAUAUACUAUGUGAACUUUCUUCCACACUAUGUGUGUUGUUUCCAAGGCUCUAGUCCUCCUCGAAUAUCCUCCUUAGUGCAAAGGCAGCCUUACAAUUGCCCUGCAAAUGACUGAAAACUGUUAUCAGGAUUUUUUUUUACACACAACGUCACGUAUAUCGGGCAGAAGACUGCCAUCCCAGGAUUUCAGUCAUGCAGGCCUGUAGCCUAGGGCUUGAAUUUGCAUGUCUAAUUCAUUUACUCACCAUAUUUGAAUUGGCCUGAACAGAUGUAAAUCGGGUAGGAUGGGAAAACAGCAGCCAUCAACAAUGAUUAAUCAGCUGUUGCAGGCAGUGUCUUAAGGAGAGUGGUAGCAAAAGGUAGUCCGCUAGACCCUAAACUGUCACAUCAGAGACUCCUGGUGUUCCGUGCGACCACGCUGACACGCAUCACCUUCUGUUUGAUGCAAUUAAAAACAUCCAAGGAUCGGUUGGAGACAUUUUGUCUUUACAAGUAUGUUUACACCAUUCUUUUUUGUUUUCUCACACACACACACAAAACAUCACCAUUAUCGUCCUGCGUGCAUUUCCAUUUCGGUGAUCAAUCCGGGAGAAUUUGUGUAAACCUUGUAAAUAGAUACAAUUCUUUUUGUGCAAAAAAAAGGACUGGAAAUAAUUAAAUGUAUUAUUGCAAAUUUUUUUUGUAAAAGUAGCAGUUUGGUAUAAGUUGGCAUGCAUAAAAUUUACUAAAUGGGAUGAGCUAAUGCCUUUUAAUGUGGUUCUAAACAGAUGCUUGUGGAUAGCAUUUUUUUCUAUACAGGAAACAAGAAGUUAAUGAUAAUCGCACACAGAGUCUUAGAGUUCUGAUCGAAGCGGUUUGGAUUGUAACAUAACGGAGUCAAUUGUAGUAGUUUUCCUUAACUGUGUGCGGUCAUGAAAUCUGAAUAUAAAAUAAAAAUUAUUUUUGUCAUGCUGAA